CAUUCCUCCUCUGCCAACCAUUCACGGAGCACAGAAGCUUCUCGUAACUUCCACGACCUUCUAGAACCAAUGGCUGAAGCGAGUAGGUUGACAGGCACGGUUAAAUGGUUUAGCGCGCAGAAAGGCUUCGGCUUUAUUGCUCCUGACAACGGCGGCGAUGACCUCUUUGUUCAUCAGACUUCCAUCCGCUCUCGAGGCUUUCGUACCUUGUCGGAAAACCAGCCCGUUGAAUUCACCGUCGAUUAUGCUGAGGACGGGCGGGCGAAGGCUGUUGACGUAACGCCAGUUCCCCGAUUCCGUGGCACCUCACGUGGCAACCGCGGUGGCGGGAGAGGUAGGGGUGGUGGUUAUAGACGAGGUGGUUAUGGUGGCGGUAUGUGUUAUAAUUGUGGAAGGAUAGGGCAUUUAGCUAGGGAUUGUUAUCAAACUGGUGGUGAUGUUGCUGGUGGAAGUAGGAGAUAUGGUAACGGUGGCAGAGGCGGUGGAGGAGUUGGUGGAAGUGGUGCUGGCGGAUGUUAUAAUUGUGGGAAUGAGGGGCAUUUCGCCAGGGAUUGUCCUAAUAAAUGACAAAGAUAAUUGAUUUCGGUUUGGACGACUACAUUGCUUUGGAAUGCUGGCGUUUCUGUAUUUUUGUUGCAUUGAUGUUGGUGGUGCACUGCUAAGGCAUUAUUAGUCGCUGGAAAGAUGAUAAAUCAGCGAGGUCGAUGGACCUGAAUGUAUUUUUUCCGGUUAAAUUCCGACGCCCAAUGUUUGAUAUUAUCCUGUUAUGGAAUGUUUUCUACACAGCAUUUGCUAACAUGGGUAAUUGUAUUUUUUAUAGGAUAUAUGAUUGUCAUGUUCUUUUCUCAAUACCUCUUGUUUUCCAUCAAUUUAAAACCCUUUAUAUGUGCAAUAUGAAUGGAUAUGCUAUACUUA